AUGGCUCCUAAACGCGCCGCCGAGGGUACAUCCUCCUCAAAAGACCACCAAGUCAAGAAGCGCAAGGGCUUCGGACCAAACACCCUCCCUGAAGGUCCAUGGCGUAGAAAGGUCGAAAAGAAGAAAAUCGAGCUCAUCCACAAGGCCAAGAUCAAAAAGGCCUACGCAAAGAUCAAGGAGCGAGAACUCGCUUCUCGGGAGCCCUCCUCCUCCUCCUCCUCAAAUGCGCAGCAGCCCGCCGCCGCGCUGGCAAAGGACAUCUCAAGCGAAGAUGAGCUCGACUCCCUCCAGGACCCCUCCAGCAAGACGGGAUCUCCCGCACCAACUUCAGCACCAGCAGCGGCGACCGCAUCAUCAUCAGCAGUAGAGACAAGCACAUCCUCAUUCUCAUCAACACCAACACCGCCAACAACAGCAACAGCAACAGCAACAACCACGCCUCACCCCUCAAAAGAAGAAGUCCACCCCUCCCGCGCAGAAAUGCUCGAAAAUGAUGGCGAAACCCCCAACCCAAACACAAUCGCCGUCAAACGCAAGCACGCGGCGGAAGAAUCAGCCGAUGCCGCCGCGAACGAGGACACCGCCGGCGGCGACCGCUACGAACCCCGCCAGCAGCGCAGACCCCGCAAACCAGGCUACUACGAGAAGCAGCUCGCCCACGCCGAGAAGAAAAAAGCCGAGGCCGAGGCCCGCCGCGCCGAGAUCCAGCGCCGCCGCGAGGAGCGCGAGCGCAAGACGGCCGACCGCGAGCGGUACCGCCGGGCCAUGGCGAAGGCGCGCAAGGGGUCCGAGAACGGCGGGCAGCGCAGGCUGGGCAGGGAGAGCGCGCUGCUGCUGGAGAAGGUGAGGCGCAUGGUUGGGGACUCAAAGUAA